CACUGGACUGAUUUCGCACGUGUUUUCCUUGAGCGUUUUAAUGGUUUCAAUUCAGUAAGUCGAGGAGUGAGCGAUUCGAAUUUCUAGCGUGCCGACAACAGAUUUCCCGACGUUGGUGAAUUGACCCUCACCAUGACGCUCAAAACCCCUCGGAGUGCCACGCCCCGGCGGAAGACUAAGGGCACGCCGCCAAUGAAACCUGGCCUAACCCCCAGUCCGGCUCAACCCGCUUUAACCCGGUCCGCCCAAAAGGGUCGAGCUUCGACCCAGCCGCUGAAGAAGACCCCCGCCCCUCGCUCGCUUAAGUCGACCCCGGGGCUCAAGCCCGUCAAAAGGAAAACACGUGCCCCAGCCACCGCCCCAACCCCGGCCCAUCUGAUUCUGGAGGAAGGCGGGGCCAGUUUGAUAGAGUCGAAAAUCCGCUUGGCCGUAUCAGCCUUGAAGUCCGUGAAUGAGCGGGCCAAAGGCGAACAUGAUCAAUUGCGCCCGGAUUUGUUCGAAGACGAGGCGACCCGCAUCAACGUCCAAGUGGUGGGCAUCAAAUUACCCAAGGAUGGUCGUCAGCAAUUGCUCCACGUUCCCUUGCCGCACGACUACUUGGUGGACCCGUCGGAUGUGUGUCUGGUGGUCAAGGACUUGGAGAAAGGCAUUCGUCCCGAUCACGAGCCCACGCAAAUUCACUUUCAGGAGAUGCUGUCCGCCCGGGGCGUGACCGGCAUCGCCCACAUCAUGCCUCUGCGCGAACUCAAGGUCGAGUACAAGACGUUCGAGAGCAAAACCGCGCUGUGUCAUCGUUACGAGAAGUUUUUGUGCGAUGACCGCAUUGUGCGGUUAGUGCCCAAGUUCUUCGGCAAGCCUUUCUACCGACGCAAGAAGUUUCCCACGCCCGUGAACUUACGCGCCGCCCAGUUGUCGACGGCCAUUCAUCAGUCGGUCCGGACCUCGGUGUUGCCGCUGAGUCAUCACGGCUCAUGCGCCAUGAUCACCGUGGGCCAUUUGGGCAUGGACGAUGAUCACAUCGUAGCUAAUGUUCUGGCCUUGGGCCAAAAGCUGGCCCAGCGAUAUCCCGGCGGUUGGAAAAACAUUCGCUCCAUUCAUCUCAAAUCCGAAAAGUCCUUGGCCAUUCCCGUGCACAUCUCCACCCUCUCGGCAAACGAGGUGGGCUAUGUUGAUGCGGAUGUGCCAAAACGCAUCACUCGCGAAGUGGUUGAAGACGAGUUGAGCACACGACCGGGUAUGAAGGUCAAGGUCACCCCGAGCGGCUCCGUGUUUGUUACCCAGGUGCCUGAUCCGGAUUGGGAUAACGAAAAGGACGAACCUUUUGUCGAAGGCUCGGACGAUGAAGAAAGAGACGAGCCAGACGAGAACGACGCUAAGAAAUCCAAGACCACCAAGGGUCAGAAACGGAAAUUAGAAGAGGGCAAGCCAAGUGUAGCGGUGGCUAAGAACGGCAAAAAUGCCAAGAACGCGCAGAAAGCUAAAGCGGCCAAGAAAACCGCAGCCGAAGAAGAAUCGGAUGAUGACAUCGAUCAGGCCGAGAUGGAGUACAUGAAACGCGUGGCCGACGAAGAAGAGGAGAUUGAGCGUAAAGAAGCUCAAGAAAAGGAUGUCAAGCCGAAAGAAUCUGAAGAUGAGGAAGACGAAUCCGAGGAUGAUGAUAAUGCAGAUGCUUCUUUAAAGCCGGUCAAUGGUGUUGGUUCCGAUAGUGAUGAGGACUUUGAGGACGACGAAGACGACGACGACGAAGACGAUGAUGAAGAAGAAGGAGAUGAUGAUCAAGAGGUUGAAGAAAUCAUCAUGGAUGAUGAUGAUGAUGAUGAAGACGCCGACGAGAAUGACGACGACGAUGACGAAGAGGGGGGCGAAGAAGAGGAAGAAGAAGAAAGUGAUUAACUGAUUUUGGCCCAUUGUGGCAUUCUUAUGUUGUGCCCGAAUAAAAGAAAUUUGAUAUCAA